AUGAUUCGAGAGAUAUCGAAGGCUUCGGAUUUGCAGCGGCUAGCUCGAGUGCUUGAUCACAGGAAAAUCAACACUUCGUGCCGAGAGACAUUCGCAGCGGCCGUACGAGACGCCAACCCGGCCGCUGUUGAGAUGUGGCUACACCACGGCAAAGAGCACAAAGGUGCCUACUUUCUUGACGCUUUUCGUGCCUGGGGGGAAGCUGCUGCUGCCGGCCAUGUUGGCGGCAGGGGGGGGAACCGAUCUCCACCUAGCAUCCCAUUGCACCUGUCGUGCCACGCAGGGGCGCCAGAAAUCGUGUCGGUGCUUCUGCGCUUCAUGACCGAGUCGUACUCGUGCGAUGAUCGCAUCGCCAUGGUGAAUGCCAGAGAUCUCAAUGGGAGGACGGCUCUGCACUUGUCGAGCUGGUCGCCGAGGGCUCGUUGUCCUGGUACAAGAAAUGCCAUAGUCAGAGAGCUGCUUUCACAUGGUGCCAACGUGAAGGCAGAGGAUAACCAUGGCCGAACGGCACUCCACGAAGCUUGUCGUGCUGCCGACCACUUCGCCGUGGAGACCCUGUUGAAAAGCGGCGCGAACCCUCUUCAAGAGGACGAUCGUGGCCGAACUCCGUUGGAAACGGCCACCGCAAAGAGACACUGGCGUCUCCUGGAUGCUUUGUUCCGGAAGAAUCUCUCGACAAGACGGUACCUCCACCUGUGUGCCAGAGUCACGGCCAAGACCUCUGUUUCCAGAAUCAUGCGGCGUUUCGUCCCGUUGUGCGACACCUGUCAAGUGCGGCCGGCGGAAGCUUGCAACACGCAGAAGCGAGACGACUUCGCCGCCUGGGUGUUCAAGCACCACCGGUGGCCAAAGGCAGGGGAAGGGAAGUGGAGGGAGGUGCGGCCGUCCUGCGUAGAGAAGAAACCACGCAGCAUCAGCACUCACAAGAUCAACAACAAGGACCCCGAAGGCGGGGGCGACGACAACGACGACGACAGGGAUGGCAAUCGGGACAUGAUUUGA